AUUAUUCCAAGAAAUCAAACAGACCAAAAAAAACCUUUUCAGCCAGAAUACUUUUUACCCCUUAUAAUCAGUUUCCUGAUAACUCAUUCUACUUGCAUGUUUAGUAGACAAAUACCAUAAAAAUUCUUGUUAGAGAAAAAGAAAAAUGUAGGGUGAAAAUGAGAAGUGGACAAAGUAUUGUGUCCUAAGUUGCAAUAAGUCCACAUGCCAUGCUUUUAAGAAGCACCCACACCCACUAUAUUACUACUUCCCAAGAAGCCACUUUUCCACCACCACUCCAAUACAAGAAGAGGAAUCCUUUUUCUUUUCUUUUCUUUUUUUUUUUUUUGGUUUGUGGGCAAAUUCCUAGUUAUUGCAUUCCAUAUCACAACUCCACACACAACAAUGCAAUUAGCUCCAAGCCUCAGCACCACCACAUUCAAGCAAGCUUUUCUCAGGAGCAUGCUCCAGGGCCUCAAUGCAGCUGCCUCCUCAUCCAACAACAUGAGCUUCGAGGCCCGAAAGCGCGCCGUAAAGCUCGCGGCGGACGUCGCCAUGGCCUGCGCGAGAGGCCGCCGCGCGAAGUGGGCUCGAGCCCUCGUCGCCGACCUCUCCGCGAAGCAUCAAAACAAUGGUGCUCUCCUAAAGAGCAUGCUCGGGGAGAUGCAUGAGAGGUUGGUUAGAGUAAAUAACCAACAUUGUUGCAGGAUUCAAAGGAGUAAAAAGAUACUGAGAAGGUCACAUAGAAUGUGUUCCACUGCAAGGAGGGAAAAAGUUUUGCAUGCAAGUGUUGUGGCCAAAAGCAUGGUGAAGAGGAGGACCAAGAUGUUAAAGAAGAUUAUACCAGGGGGGGAAGUGCUUAAUGGGUUCUCUUUGUUAAAUGAGGCUCUGGAUUAUGUCACCUCUCUCCAAGCACAAGUUGAGCUAAUGAGGAGUCUUUUGAAGGCCACUGAAGAAUCAAACUCAAAUAGCAGAGCAAGCUCAAAGGACCAGUUGAAACAAAGAGAGGGCUCCUAGUGAUGGUUUGGGAAAGAUGCUGGGAUUAGGAUGUGGCGAAAAUUUUGGGUUAUUUUGUUCUUGUAGCAUCAUAACUUUCGCGAAAGAUUCGACGGAAAGUAAAGUUUGUAAUCCUACUCUCUUUUCAUUCAUCUACUACAUUGAGCAAGGAAAAACUAGUUCUACUGGACCUGUUCUGAGAAAAUGAAAAUAUCAAAGAGUGAUGCAUAUAGGCGUAAUUGUUUCGAGUUCGGAUCGGAUCGAAGUCAACCUAAGUUUAAGCGAACAGAUUUGGCCCAACCAACUGAUCAAAAACCGGAACCAGGUCGAACCGGACUAUGUUGUAUACUUGGACAGUGGUUGAGGUUAGCAUAUGUAAAAAUUGUCUCUAAGCAGUGUAUGGAGUUAGCCCCUAUGGAUUUCAUACUUA